UAUAACCUGUUUUUCUUGAGCGCAGCAUUUUAAAUGUCUAUGAGAUAACUUGAUAGAAAUCCUGUUUAUAAAUGUGUGUCUCAUCUGAGACAGACAAGUAGUAGUUUUAUCUUGUCUGAAGAAUGGGCAGUUUUUCAUUCAGCCAUUAAAAUUGAUAGCCAUGAAAACAAACCCAAGAGGAAUUUCCACAAAGAGGUCGAAGAACUACAAUGGAACCUAAAAUAUCUCGGAGGCAACAAGCAUACUAGAAUAAACAGACAUUGGGGUAAGAAUGGAACAGCUCUGCAGCCAUGCACUCCAUGUGUUUUGCGUCCCCUGUCUGCAGCAGAAACACUUGUCUAGUCCCUUGAGAGGAAAUGUGACAGACCAAAUGGGAAACCUGGUAGAUUUCAUGGCGCAGUGUCUUAUUCCAUGACAUCAGGACUACAGUCUCUCUUGAUCUUUAUCCCUGAAAACAAGCCAUUGUAUGAAUGUAAUUAACAAUUGUAUUUUGAUUAGGAUCUUUCUGGACCUAGAAUAUAAUGGCCUUUCUGUCAACCAAAAUGGAUUUUCUUAAAAUUGCUCCACAGAAAACAAUAGAACAAUAUUUUUGUCUUGGAGAUUAGAAAUUUUGUGAAUGAAAUAGUUGAAACUGAACAGAUAACUUCUGUGGACUUUGAUGCAUCGUGUUGUAAGUUUUUGUUUUUAACAGCUACAGUAUGUGACAAGUUAUAUUUAGAAGCAGAAAAACUAAGAUCUGUUGAUUGUAAGAUUUUAGGACAUUUUAUGUUCUGCUUUAAUACUGUUAAGAAUUAGCAUUAGCAUAAGAAGUGACAGUGUGUUUCUAUCAGACAUUGGUAAGAAUUUUUUUUGGUAAUGUAAUUAAUUUGCAUUUUAAAUUAAUCUUAUUUCAAUUUAUUUUGCUACUGUUUUAGGUUGAUUAUGCACAUUUGAGUUAUUAGUCAUAGUGUGACAGGAAUGUCCUGCAGAUAAAACCAGGUAUACCAGUUUUAGUUUCAGCCAUCCAUAUUCAGUAGUGCACUGGCCACUUGAAAUGGUUAUUUAUAAAUAGGUUAUUAAUCAUAUUUAAGCCACUGGGCCAUAUUUACCUCCUCCCUAUCCUCCAUUGUAUCAGUUAUAUCAGUGUGGUUAAUGCUUUCUUGUUGUUGUAUCAAAUUUUCUGACCAGUGUUUUACACUGGAGUGUGUGAUGCAAGUGUUAGUCUUGGCAAGGCCUAUCAGAUAAUGUUUCUGUUUGAUGUCUCUCUUAGUUGGCGCCUCUCAACACAGAAAGAGAAACAUUCCAAAACCAAGGUUCAGGGGGUAGAGCAGGUAGAGCAGGGCAUCCCCCAACCAGAGGGUCAGUGGUUCAUUCCUAGGCUCCUCCAGUCCACCUGCUGAAGUGUCCUUCAGAUACUGAACCCCAAAUUACCGUGGUAUGAGGUAUGCCUCUGUAUGAGUGGGUGAAUGGAACAUGCAGUUUAAAGCUCCAAGUUGUCAUUAAGACCAGAGAAGCGCCAUAUAAGUGCAGUCCACUCGCCAAUGACCAAUCUACACCAUACUCACAAGGUAUUUCAUUUGUUUUCUCUCUUAAAAUAGAAUACUUGUAUGUAGCAACUUAAACAUGAUGAACAUACUUAUGCCUCUGCGCUGGUCACAGACAUGGCAUGAUGUCUUCGUGUUGUCUGCUCAUCCUUUGUCUGUCUGUCCCAUUCUCAUGAGUGCAAUAUCUCAGAAACACCUUGAAACUUAAAGAGACUUAAAAGACUUAAAAUUUGGAACAAAUUUUCAUGUGGACACAAAGAUGAACUGAUUAAAUUUUGGCAGUCAAAGGUCAAGGUUACUGUGACCUCUCGACAUAUGUUUUUGGCCAUAACUCAAGAAUUCUGCAGAUGGAGCAGUUGACGGAGGCAUACAGGCAUACUUGGAUGAACUGACUGACACAACACAUCGAAGCUGAAAAACAGGCUGCCUUAAGAUACAUGAAGAGGAUGUGAGCCAGUUUUUUCAGAAACAGAAAACCAGGAAAGCACUGGGUCUAGACUGUAUCUCCCCCACCUGUCUAAAAGCCAGUGCUGACCAACUGGCUCCAGUCUUUAUGCAGAUGCCUGGAACUGUGUGAAGUCCCUUCAUGCUUCAAACGCUCUAUCAUCAUCCAGAAUCAUUUUCAUUUACCUCUGGAACCUCAGCUUAGACUUGCUGUUUGCCUGCUGAAUAGUGCAGUGUUCAGGAGAUGAUUUGCCAAAUGGGGGUAUCCCAUGUGUGCUUCAGUGGUACACACAUUCCCAUCAUCACCCCCAAUGACGCACCAGCCGACAACAGUUGGAAAGGGUGACACAUUAUUCACCAAGCUGUUGUGGACCACAGCUGCAGGACUGCUUGCCUUGCUGUUGAUAGUGUUGGAGUGGACCCGGCCAGGCCUACCGACCCCACUGAGGCCAAUCUGUGACCUGAGGGUCCUGGACCAUUUCAUUAAGGAAGCACGAGACGCUGAAGUUGCUAUGAAGUCAUGUAGAGAGGGAUGUAGCCUGUCAGACUCGGUCACUGUUCCCCAAACCACAGUCGACUUUGAUGUCUGGGAGAAGAAAAAUACUUCAACUCUUGCCCUCUCUUCAUUUUGUGGAAAGGCAUUGGAGCAGGCCCAGGAGGUGCAGUCUGGCUUAUGGCUUUUACAACAGGCCCUCAGCUUGCUACGGACCUCGGUCACCAACACAGCAAUGCACAGCCACAUAGAUAACUCCAUUCGAAACCUGCUCAGCAUCAAUGCUGUGCUGCGCAGUCUCAACAUCCAGGAAUAUACCCCACCAGCAAGCACAGCAGGGCUUGAGGGAACAUGGAGGGUGUCCUCAGCUACCGAUCUGCUACAAGUCCAUGUCAAUUUCUUGCGAGGCAAAGUGCGCCUCCUCCUUUUGGAUGCACAGGCUUGUCAGCAAGAUGUCAGCUGAUCGGCUGAUCUCCCUUCUCCAGGCGAAGCUAAUAUGUGUUUCCAAAGGCAAGAGGAGGGACUUAACACUGUUGACCUGCACCCUGGCUGGCGGAAGCGGUGUAGAACGAAAGAUACAGCCAUCCUCACAUAAGCGGAGGCAGCUGAAAGGAGAGGACAGUCCGAGCUAGGCUGUGGAUAGACAGGAGAUGACUGCACCUUGGAAUGUAGACGUGACACAUGGACAUGGUGAAGCACACACUGACCAAAAUGAGGCCUUUGGGAAGCACCGCUCCAAUAGCUGUUCUACUGGCACUCUCUUGCACUUUGUGUGUGGAUGUAUAUGUGAGUGUACUUUAGUGUGCACGUUUAAAUCUGCACAUAGUGUGCGUGUGUGUUUGUAUACAGUGAGUUUGACCCCUACACUCAUCACUUUAGAGUGAAACACCCAGAAAAUAUUGAUUGCACCUGGAAAUUAGAGGGCUGUGAGGUUGAGACAGGGUUUCCAUUUUGAAUACAACUGCAAAAAGCACACAAACCUUUAACAUUUCUCAACUAUGCCUCACAGAAACACUAGUCUCUUCUCUUGGAUUUUUUUUUCAAUGAAUAUUUUAAUAUAUUUUUAAAAGUUAUAUAAUUACUAUUUAUACAGAUUUUCUACUUUAAAGCUCGUCUUUUUAUGUUGUAGUGUCAGAUCUUUCAGAUUUUAGUUGGGCUCUCCUUGCCUUGUUCUCCUGUAUUACACUGAACACAUUAGCAAAGGUGUGUGCUGACAUCAUUUGCAAUGGCACGCUGCUGUCUUCCUUUUUAUAAAGAUUGUAUGCACCUGACUAGCUGUUCCAGUUUGCAUGUUCCUUCCAAAUAUCAGAACAAAAGACUAAAAAGUUGAUGCAAAGGCUCAGUUACAGUGAACAGGGGGGCAAGAGGUCAGCGGGAAGGAGGGUUACAUGAGAACUGUGAAGCUGUUUUGUAUCUGUUUAUCUGUGUUUUUGUUGCUGCCUAACCAACACUCAACCAUGUCUCUAUACACUGAUAGCGAGACUGCCUGGAAAAAUGCUGUUUGGCUUUUACAAUUAACAUCCUGUGAGGCAGUAAUUGCAAAUAGUUUUCCAGAAUCUGACGCUAACACGGUCUCCUCCCUCCCUCCAUUGUUCGUCAUCAAACGGCAGACAGGCAAUCAGUUAGUCCUGGGAACUUGAGGCUUUCUAUAAAAUGGAAGCUCGACUGUUUCAGACUAGUUAAGUGUUCUUCCUUGUUUUUUUUCCGUAUUUUUAUAUCUUGUUGUGUAAGUGCAAGAUGUUUUUAAGGAUGUUUGUACUUGUUUUCUUUCCUGUUAUUUUUGUGUUGUUUUGUCCCAUCACUGUAUGAUUUGCUAUUUAAAUACAAAAUAUUAUUCUUGGAUAAAGAAAGGAUAGAUGGAAACACAACAAGGGGAAGUCUGUCCAUUUCAUUCAUUACUUCUGCCUUGGUCAGGUCAAUGGAGUUACAAAUUAAGUUUCUGUUGCUUAGAUGCUGAAUACAAGCUGCAAUGUCAGACCUUUCUGCUCUUAAAUGCAUCCUGAUGACAUCUUCCUGCCUUUGAUCCAAAGGUGAUCACUAAAGAAACAUACAUUCAAGCAAAUUUUAAUUAACUCCAGAAAUCAAAUACAUGGUCUUCCUUAAAAGUGUCUACUAUAUCCAUUGUGACCAGAGUAAA